AUGCCCCCUAGUCGAGCAACAAGCCGGCGGGCACCCACGAACGAGAACGAUGAGAAUAGCGCUGUUGCAACCACCCGUCUUACGAGAUCCAAGUCAGCUGCGUUUGGUGACGAUGCUGGCGUCGGUGCCGCGAAGAAGCCACUCCAGUCCAAGAAGUCGGUUGUCAACACCCAGCCGCUCCGAAAGCGUGCCGCAUUAGGAGACGUGAGCAACGUCACGAAGGGUGAGGCCGUAGAUGGCAAGAAGACUGCGAGCAAGGGUGGACUCGUGUCAAAGGCAGCUCAACCUACUGGGGUACAGAAGAGCCUGUCGCGUACCAGCUCCUCCAGAUCAGCGCUUGGUCCCAAGGAUAACAACAAGAAGUCCACGGACACCAAACGCGUAGGCUCUGGAGUUCUACCUUCCAAGAAGAGAAAGGAUGGCUCUGCGUCUUCGAACCCUGCGUCAAUCAAAGAGGAGACCCCAGCAGAAGAUGAGCAACCAUUAAGAAAGCGGGUUCAUCUUGAACCUAAGGAGAGAAUAAAGGUCGAAGAGGCAAAAGAGAACCACGUAGAGCAUGACAUCGUACCUAAAGCUUCCGUAUCCAAAGAUUUCGAGGAUGGUGUUCAAGAUCUGGACCAGGAAGACAUGGAUGACCCACUGAUGGUUGCUGAGUAUGUUGUGGAAAUCUUCGAGUACUUGAAGAAGCUUGAGGUCUCUACUCUCCCCAACGCAGAUUAUAUGGUUCACCAGGACGACCUGGAGUGGAAAAUGCGAGGUAUCCUCGUCGAUUGGCUCAUCGAAGUGCACACCCGCUUCCAUCUUCUUCCCGAAACGCUCUUCCUUGCAGUCAACAUCAUCGAUCGUUUCCUCUCAGCCAAGGUUGUCCAGCUCGACCGCCUCCAACUGGUUGGUGUUACCGCUAUGUUCAUCGCGUCCAAAUACGAAGAGGUCCUUUCUCCUCACGUCGCAAACUUCCGUCACGUUGCCGACGAUGGCUUCACCGAGUCAGAGAUCCUAAGCGCUGAGAGAUACGUUCUCACCGCUCUCAACUAUGACUUGAGCUACCCGAACCCAAUGAACUUUCUCCGUCGUAUUUCCAAGGCAGACAACUAUGAUAUCCAGACACGUACCCUUGGCAAAUACCUCAUGGAAAUCAGUCUACUUGACCACCGCUUCAUGCAAUACCUCCCAAGUCAUAUUGCCUCCGCGUCCAUGUUCUUGGCUCGGAUGAUCUUAGAGCGAGGCGAAUGGGACGCUACUUUGACCCAUUAUUCGGGAUACAACGAGGAGGAGAUUGAGCCCGUCUUCAAGCUCAUGGUUGAUUACCUCGCUCGACCGGUCACUCAUGAAGCUUUCUUCAAGAAGUACGCAAGCAAGAAGUUCCUCAAAGCUUCGAUUCUCACAAGACAAUGGGCUAAGAGACACGCUGCCGAGUAUGGUAUCGAUGCUUCUCUGCCGCUCGAUAUGGCUGCCCGGUAG